AUGAUCUCGAACUCUGGGUUCGCGUGCUCAAAGAGCAUCAAAGGACUUCGGGCCAAGACUGCAGAAACAACGACAAACGCUGCAAAGGCUUCAUGGGGCAGUCGCUUCAAGACUUAUUCUUCUACACCGAACAUGGACCGACCUGGCGUGUAUGUGGAUCUGGCAGCCAAUGACUACAGAUACAUCAGUAACAGCUACUUCGCUGACCAUUGCCUCAAGUUCGACGGCGUAUGCAUAGAACCUAACAACGAGUACUGGGGAAAUUUGGACAAGAAGCGCCGAUGUGCAGUCGUGAAGACGUGCAUUGCAGAGAAGAAGAGGGAGGUGAAAUUCAGGAUGAAGGGAGUGUUUGGGGGAGUUUCUGGUGAGAUGAUGGCUGACAAGAGGGCGCAGGGUGGCAAAGAAACUACCUUGACCUGCGAGACGUUGGCAGAAAUCUUCCGAAAAUUCCGCAUAAAGCACGUGGACUUUUUGAGCCUCGAUGUGCAGGGCCUCGAACUGCAGUGUCUUCAAGGCAUCGAGUGGUCAGCUGCUGCUCCAACCAUCGACACUGUGCUGGUGGAGCGGAACGACGCGGGCUCCGUUGCUGAAUUUCUGAGGGCACAUGGCUACGUCAAUGCCACGACCCUGCGGAAGGAUGCUGUCUUUGUGCACAAGAGCGCUGACGCCAUGAUGCAAAGAGUGGCGCAGUGGAACCGAGAUAUGUGCCCCAGAAUCAAUGAUGCGUUGAGGUCCCUACGGAAAGGUGGGGACUUGUAUCCCUGCAGCUGA